UCGCGGCGUUAAAUGUCAAUUCAAAUGUCAAAAAAAUUGGUUAGGUUUCCCCAAUUUGAAAAUUUGUUUAAUWACAUUUAAUAAUUAUCUAAGUUGUAACAGUUGUAAUAAUGAAUAUCCUCGACACGGUGUUGUGUACAUCCAAGGCUGAAAAAUAUUCAAGCAAUUUUAAACAUUUGGGCAUUGAUGCUUUCACCCUAAAGUUGCUUAAUGAAGAAGAUUUAGAAAUUUUGGGUGUUGAGGAGGAGGAAAUCCGAUUAUCGAUUCUAAAACAUGCAAACAAUUUACAAAUACCUGCUGAAAAACCUARCCAGAUUUUGGUUGAUAAUAAAUACAUUCAAUUAGUUUUAGCACAAAUGUCGAUGCAUUUAACAAAACAUUUAGCUGCACUGUCGAUUGCAGUGAACAGAAAGGACACAAUCGUGUGUAAUGUUAAGUUGAGACAAGCUUCAAAUUGUCUUAAAAAGUGUGUAGAAUCUCUUGAGAAACAAUUAAAUGAGGUUGAGCAAAAGGUUGUUCUCAAAGACAACAAGAAAAAACACCAAGUUAUCAUUCCCCUUAUUGUAAUUCCAUGCCUGGUUUUUUUAUCUUUCAAAACUUGUAAUUUUUUUCUAAAACAUGUAAAUUAAGAUGAAUAAAGUAUAAUUUAAAUUUA